AGUUGAGGGGUCACGUUGGUUGGAUAGUGGCUUACAGUAGCUGACAUGAUGCUGGCAGAACACUAGAGACUCACAGCCACCUGCCUGCUGCAGCUCAACGAGAGCUAUUCACUGUUAAUAAAAGCCCUCGAAGAGGAAGAGAAGCACCCGCCAUUAGGAUCCCUGGAUGCCCGGCGGUGCCCUCGCCCUGGCCGCACACGCAGACUCGAUGGCCAUCAGCUGACCCCCGCGCCCAGGAUGACGGUGAGAGAGCGGCUUCGGCAGAACAUCUCGGCCGCCUUCUACCGGCACGGCCUGCUAUGCGCCUCAUACCCGGUUCCCAUCAUUCUCUUCACCUCUGCCAGCAUCCUGACCUGCUGUUACCCUCUGCUGAAGCUGCCUCUACCAGGAACGGGGCCUGUGGAGUUCACCACUGGAGUACGAGAUUACUCGAUCCCAUCCCAUGAGUCUCAGGGGGACCUGUCAGAGCGACCGGAUUGGUAUCGGGGACCUCCAGUGGCCUACAUCCAGCAGGUGUUGGUCAAGGCAGCGGUUUCACCAUGGGGCAACAGUUUGGUCCCUGUGGACGUGUUUCGCUCUCCUCUUGGUCGAGUUUUCAGCCUUUUGGAUGAGAUCAGAAACCACGUUUACACGGACAGAAGUUUGGAGGCGCUGUGUUUGCAGGUGACAGAUUUGUUGCCAGGUUUGCGGCGCAUGCAGGCGGUCCUUCCAGAGCACGGCUGUCUGCUGGUGUCCCCUGGCAACUAUUGGCAGAACCGGCGUGACCUGUUUGAUGCUGAUCCAGACCUCCUGAAGACAGUCCACCAACAUGAACCCAAAGGCCUUCAUACCUCAGCCACUCUUAGAGAUUUACUCUUUGGCGUCCCAGGGAAGCAGACGGGUGUUAGCUUGUAUAGCAAGAAGAGAGUGGUGACAUACACCGUCACAAUUGCACUAAGCUCCUAUGAUGCAAGGUUUGUAGGCAGUCUUCGAGCACGUCUGAAGCAGCUUCAUCCAUCAGCAAACUGUACUCUGCGUGAAGACCACAUGGUGCACGUCCAUUUUAAAGAAGAGAUUGGCAUCGCUGAGCUCAUCCCUUUAGUCACAACCUACAUCAUCUUGUUUGCUUAUAUCUACUUCUCCACACGAAAGAUUGACAUGGUGAGGUCAAAAUGGGGUUUGGCGCUGGCUGCGGUGGUGACGGUCCUCAGCUCUCUACUCAUGUCAGUGGGACUCUGCACCUUGUUUGGCCUCACACCUACACUGAACGGAGGGGAAAUCUUCCCCUACCUUGUGGUGGUAAUUGGUUUGGAGAAUGUUCUAGUCCUCACCAAGUCUGUCGUGUCAACGCCUGUCGACCUUGAAGUCAAACUGCGUAUCGCUCAAGGUCUGAGCAACGAGAGCUGGUCAAUCAUGAAGAAUAUGGCCACUGAGCUGUGCAUCAUCCUCAUUGGAUACUUCACAUUUGUCCCAGCUAUUCAGGAGUUCUGUCUGUUUGCUGUGGUGGGUCUGGUGUCCGAUUUCUUCCUUCAGAUGUUUUUCUUCACCACUGUGCUGUCUAUUGACAUCCGCCGCAUGGAGUUGGCUGAUCUCAACAGACGUCUGCCAGCAGAAGCAGGGAUGCCUCCUCCUAAACCGGGCACUUUACGUCCCCGGGAGACGCCUCCACCACCUCGUCCCUCACCACACACCAUCACUCUGCAGACUCCAGCGUUUCGCAACCUCCGCUUGCCCAAGAGGCUGAGGGUGGUGUAUUUCUUAGCCCGCACUCGCCUGGCACAGCGGAUUAUUAUGGUUGGCACUGUAAUCUGGAUUGGAAUCUUGGUCUACACUGACCCUGCUGGUCUGAGGACUUUCCUUGCAGCCCAAGUAUCCGAGCAGAGUCCUCUUGGAGAGGCAGGGCUUCCUCCUCACCUGGGUGUUGCUCCAGUAUUUCCCGGCGGACACCCGACCAGCACACUGAGCGUCCUCCCUGCCCCUGAACCCACUCCUCUUCCCGAAAACCAGUCCCAGGGCCACCGAGCAGCCCGUCCAGGAGUCGCCCCCGUCUCAAGCCCUCAGAUCACCUGGGGCUCCGAAGAUGAGGAGCUGUGGAGGAGGCUUUCUUUCCGCCACUGGCCCUCACUCUUCAGCUAUUACAACAUCACUCUUGCAAAAAGGUACAUCAGCAUUCUUCCAGUCAUCCCCGUGACGCUUCAUCUGAGCCCACAGGAGGCCAUAGACACUCGGCACCCGCAGGACACACAGCACGCUCCUCCUCCUCCUCCCAGCAUCAAGACUUCUGAUCUGCAGACGGACCUCACACUCUACAAAGUGGCAGCUCUUGGGCUUUUCGCUGGUGUUUUGCUGGUGCUCUUACUCUUCUGUCUGUAUCGUGUGCUCUGCCCUCGAAACUAUGGGCAGAACGGUGUGCCCCAUGGCCGUCGUCGUCGUGGAGACCUGCCCUGCGAUGAGUACGGAUAUUCACCCCCCAUCAGUGAAAUUUCCCCUCUGCUGCUGAGAGGUCACAGUAUGGACAUUGAGUGUCUGGCCAGUGAUGGCAUGCUGCUGGCCAGCUGUUGCCUGGCAGGACAGAUCCGUGUAUGGGACGCACAGACUGGAGACUGUCUCACUGUUAUACCCAACAAAGGCCUGCGCAGGAGCAGCAGCAACGGUUGUUGGGAGCACCGUGAUGGCUGGGAUCACAUCAGUGCUUUUGAAGUAGAGGGAAUAGCUACAGACUUUCGAGAACCAGGAGGAGCGAUGGGAGGCCCAGAUGUAGAUAUUUUCGCUAUAAGGAGGAGGACCACCCCUGCUCGUCCUGCACUGUUUGGAGACCAACCAGACCUCACGCCUCUCAUCGACACCAACUUCGGGGCGCUGCCUCCAUCUCAGGCCCUGAGCGGCUCUGGCUUUGACUUUGGGAGUUUGGUGGAGAAAGCGUACCAGGAGCAUGAGCCCUCUCCAGUGUUGGUCUUCCCUCCGUCUCCUCCAGCCUCACAGCAGAGACGCCGCAGCCUCGGGGAUCAGCCGGUCCUGCCUCCUGAGCUCCCUCCACAGAGCAGUGCAGACUGGGACAGCUCAGUGUGGGCCAUGGAGCUCAGGGGGAACCUCAUUGCUACGGGCCGCAGCACUGGAAAAUUGGAGCUGUGGGAUGCAGUAGAGGGAUCUUUACGGUGCAGUAAUGAAGAUGGAGUUUCUGGAAUUACAGCCUUGGCUUUUCUUAACAACAGAAUUGUUGCAGCCCGAUUAAAUGGCUCACUGGAUUUUUUCACAGUGGAGAUCAACAAGCCACUCGGGUUGCUGCAAUAUCGAGGACCACCAGGCCGAGGUAGUCUACCACCGUCCCCCUGUUACAGCAGCGAGGAUGUAAUCAGCUGUCAUCUCACUCGCUCAGUACAGUGUGCCCAUCAGAAACCCAUCACUGUGCUGAAAGCUGCUGCUGGCAGAGUGGUCACCGGCAGCCAGGACCAUACAGUCAGGGUGUAUCGUUUGGAGGAUUCUUGUUGCCUCUUCACCCUGCAGGGCCACUCAGGUGGUAUAACCGCCAUCUACAUAGACCAGACUAUGGUUCUAGCCAGUGGAGGCCAAGAUGGAGCCAUCUGCGUGUGGGAUGUCCUAACAGGCAGCCGGGUGAGCCACGUGUACGGUCAUCGUGGUGAUGUCACCUCACUGGUUUGCACAACAUCCUGCAUCAUUAGCAGCGGUUUGGAUGACCUCAUUUGCAUUUGGGACCGAAGCACAGGCAUUAAGCUGUACUCAAUACAACAGGAGGUGGGAUGUGGGGCCAGUCUGGGGGUGAUUUCUGAAAAUCUGCUGGUGACCGGAGGACAAGGCUGCGUGUCAUUUUGGGACCUGAACUAUGGGGACCUGCUGCAGACGGUGUACCUGGGGCCGAGCAGUGAAGGUCAGAGCGUCCGGCAGCUCCUGGUUUUGGACAACGCCGCCAUCAUCUGUGACUUUGGUAGCGAGCUCAGUCUGGUCUAUGUGCCCUCUGUUCUGGAGAAGCUGGACUGAGCACAAACACACAUGAACAGCAGCCUGCAGAUUCGCAGAGCGGCUGGCAACCCAAGCACUCACCCUUUAAAGAGCAUCACCGCUGGGUCACUGCACACAUGAAUGGCGUUUACAUGUCCUCUUAUUGUGCACCCUACACUGAGUAGGGAGAAAGCGGACGAGUUCUAGCACAUCUGAGCCGGAUGGAAAUCUUCUUCUCUUGUCGUUCAUCAGGCCUGAACACUUUUUUUACUUUUUGCUAGAACAUUAUACAGAUUAUUCUGUGUGAAUCUAGAUAUGAGGGUGUUAAAAAAAGCUGCUGACAGCGAGAGGUGGCUCUCCUGCCCUGCCUUAAGAUGCCCAUGUGUGUGAGUGUGUGUGUGUUUGAUGGUGAAUGCUGUCCAGCACUAAGAGAUCACCAUAAUAUUUGCAAGAACGAAAGGUUGUGGAUGGGGCAGAAAAAGGCAGAGUUUGUCCUGCUGAAAGGUUUGAAUCUCAUGAGAGCUGUAGAAAUGUACAGGUUCUUCUUCACCCCGUAAUCAAAAGAAUUUUCAGAGCUUUGAUUACAGUGGAAGGCCUGUAUCAUAAUAACCGCAUAGGAAGAUGAACCAUUGGUCAGGAAAAAGCUAUUUUAGGGUCAUUAUUUUUCUAAUAUAUGUAUACACACACACACACACACACACACACACACUACAUGUUAUUAUAACUUAUUACUAAAUUAUUACUAAAUUAUUAAUCUUUUUCAAUUCACAACUGUAAGUUUGAAGGGGGUCGCACACCCAAUGCAGCGCUCGACAGUUGAAAGUAUCACACACCAGACGCGCACAAUCGAAAGUCAUUUAAUAUAAAACUAUUCAGAUGUCGCUCUGUGGCACGGCAGAAGUCGUAACUGGGGGCCACUGUGCUUACCCUAGGGCUGGGCGAGAAUGCAAAAAAUUAUUUUCCAUAUUAAACGAUAUAUAUUUUAAUAUAAGUCAUUAAUGCUUUUAGAUUUAAAAGAGUAGCCCAACAAUGACUGAAGGGUCCAGUAAAUGGCCAAACAUUUUUGGCAGAUAAAUAUUCAGUGCCCGAAAAUUUGGAACAUCUCUAAUAUCAGCACACUUCUAGAUUCCAUUGUUGCACAUUUCUGCUGUGUCAUUGGCUCUAAGAUCAAUAUAGAGUGAAAAAGUCCAGAGCUUUUCACUGUUAUUGACAUCAAUUUUAUCGAGAGUCGAUAUAAAAUCGUUUAUUGGCCCAGCCCUAGCGUACCCUGAUAGAAAUCUUUGUUUAGAAUUCUAAAAUGCAUGGGGCUGUGCCAAGCAGCGCAACCCGUGUGCGACCCCCCACCCACCCCCACCCCCCAAGCAAAUUGAAUUUUUGCUAAUGUAACAGAUCUUUACGUCCUUACAGGAUGAUUUUUAUUCUUUUAUCGAAGUGAUCAUUUUUUAAAUGAAAAAAAGUGUUCUACAUUUUCACUAAAUGCUGUCACCGUGCAAAUAAUAGACAACUGAUUAUAUUUGCGACCCAUCACUUCUCGUUUGCUUUUGAUUUUGGGGUGAAACAUCUGGAUGCUGUGUUUUCUGUGAAUGGUCGCGUUAUCAAAAAGCAUACUGUACGUCUGAAUCUCUGGGGAAAAGGCGGAAGGGGGGGGUCUAUCUUUUUAAUAUUGAGAUCAAUUAUUUCUAAGUGAAAUUUCUAACAAUUUGUAUUUGAAUUUAAAACUUAUAGAGAAGUUAAAGCGGAGACGUGGUCAUCAAAUUUAAAACACACCAAAAGCUUUGACUAACUUACACCAUAAUAAUAAGAUCAUAUUGACAUUUUCGGUGUAGUGUCGGUCUUUGUCGGGUAGCCAGAGACAUGAGAAAGCGAGAUGUUCUCAUUUCAGCUCUGCCUUAAACACAAUAGAAAUGUUCACGCGCACAUUAUGAUGUACAUGUAUUACGAGUCACCCAAAGUCAUAUUAAUAGAAAUGCAGCAGAUUUUAGGCUGGAAGGUAAUGGAUAGGGCUGCUUUUUUAUUAUUAGAUGUUUCUAUUUUCUUAUUGCGUUUUUGUUGUAGAUCAGUUUACAGGUUUCACUGAGAUUUUGUUGACAUUAGUUUUUACUGUACAUUUUAUUUUGGGCCCUGUAACCAGGCACAGUGGAUGUGUGUGUUUGAUGAAUAUUAGUGUAUCCAGUCCAGCCCUGCAGAAUCCGCACUAAUGUGUGCAUUGGUUCGGCUUUUUUAUUUAAUACAGCCAUAUCAAUCAAAUAAUUGAUUGUUUUUCCCUGAUGUUCUAGUACUGGGAUUGGUACAAAUGCACAUUUGUUGUCCCGAGAACUUAAACUGAAAUACUAGAAUGCACUGAGAGAACAGUAGCUUUGUUUUGUUCGUUAUUUGUUUGUUUUGAUUUUUUACAGAUAAUUAAGCUCAUACGCAUGUGCGCAUCUGACUCAUUUUGUGUUUUGGUUUAUGAUUUGGUAAGAAGAUAUACCAAAACUUUUCCAAUUUUCAAUGCAAAUAAGUCUUAGGUGGUUUUUACUGCACUUUAGAACUUUAUUUUGAUGCUUUAAAUAUUUUGGGGUUACGGAUUGUUUGUUUUAUCAUGUGUCCCUCCAUUCUUUUGAAAAACAACUAUUGUCCCCAUAAAAAUUAACAAAAAAAAUUGAUUUAUGCAAGUAACUAAAAUGCACAUGCUCCCUCAAUUAUUAGCCAUGUUUUGUGAAUGUAAAUAUUAGUUUGUUUUGAUGAGAGGUUUAGUUUUGCAAUCUCAAACCGUAUAGUAACAUUUGGCCCUCUUUUUGUGCGAUUUUCGUUUUUUUAUAUAUAUACGUUUAUAAUUGGGUUUGCGAUUGUGGCAUUGAUAUGGCUGAGCUUUCACAAGACUGUGUGAGGCUGAUGUGUGUAAUGCAAGGAUGCUCAAAAAUCAUAAAAAAAUAGCAAUCAUUUUAAUUCAGUGUGUGGCCAGUUAUUUCUAAAAAACUAAAGCAGACAGGAGUAGUCCAGAACUGUUUAUUUAUGGAACCAUGUCAGUAUCAGAAAUAAUACAUUUACAAAAUAAAAUUUAUACACCUUUCACAUUUGUAAUAUUUAAUUCGCAAAUUCAAAACACAGUUCGUAAAUAUGCAAAUCUGAUUUGUGAUUUGUAAAUACGCAAACAAAAUUUGUAAUAUGUAAAUCCAAAUCGGAAUUUCAAAAUCCAAUUUGUGAAUAUGCAAAUCCAGUUUGUAAAUUCAAAACAAUUUAAACAUAUGCAAAUGUGAUUUGUAAAUUCAAAAUCCAAUUCGUAAAUAUGCAAAUUUUGUUUGUAAAUUAAAAAAAUUUAGAAACGCGCAAAUCUGACUCGUAAUUUUAAAACAUAGUUCAUAAUAAAGCAAAUUCGAGUUGUAAAUUCAAAGCACAAUUCAUAACUACACAAAACACAAUUUGUAAAUUUAAAACAGUUCGUAAAUAUGCAAAUGCCAUUCGUAAUUAAAAAACCCAAUUCAUAAAUACGCAAAUCCAAUUUGUAAAUUUAAAACACGAUUCGUAAAUACGCAAAUCCAAUUUGUAAAUUUAAAACACGAUUUGUAAAUGCGCAAAUCCAAUUUGUAAAUUUUAAACAAUUCAUAAAUAUACAAAUCUGACUCUUAAUUUCAAAACACAGUGCAUAGUAAAGCAAAUUCGAUUUGUAAAUUCAAAACAGUUUGUAAAUACGUAAAUGCGAUUUGUAGUUUAAAAACACAAUUCAUAAAUAAACAAAUCCAUUUCGUAAAUUCAAAACAAUUUAUAAAUACACAAAACUAAUACGUAAAUUCAAAACACAAUUCAUAAAUACGCAAAAUAUAAUUCAUUAAUUAAAAACAAAAUUUGCAAAUAUGCAAAUCCAAUUCAAAAAUUUUAAACAAUUCAUAAAUAUGUAAAUGUGAUUUGUAAAUUCGAAAUUCAAUUCAUGAUUAUGCAAAAUCCAAUUUGUAAAUUAAAAAUACAAUUCAUAAUUAUGCAAAAUCCAAUUCAUAAUUUAAAACACAAUUCGUAAAUAUGCAAAAUCCAAUUCAUAAAUUCAAAAUCCAAUUCAUAAAUACACAAAAUUCAAUUUGUAAUUCAAAAACACAGUUCUUAAAUCCACAACAUUUAAUUCGUAAAUUAAACACAAUCUAUGAAUACGCAAAUCCAAUUCGUGAUUUCAAAACACAAUUCAUAAAAGCACACUUGUAAUUACUUUGGCAAAGUGUUUUGGAUUUCUACUUGUGAAUUCACAAAUUGUUUAGAAUUUACGAAUUAGAUUUUGUAAAUGUGAAAUGUGUUGUGGGUAUUUCAGUUUUAUUUUUAAAAAUGUUUUAUUUUUGAGAAUCAUCUGGCUCCAUACUUAUUUGAGUGGUUGGAAAUGGCUCUCAGACUAUGAGAUUACAUAUUAACCACGUGAGAACCAACUGCUGAGAGAAGACAAUGAUUUAUUAUCCUUGGCAUGGCCAUACUGAAAGCAUCAUUUACUUGAUGGCCAUAAACAAUGUCAGCUGUUUUUAGUGUAUUGUGAGGAGUGAAAUAGCACCGCGCUCCAUUGUGUUCAUUUUACUCUCCCGUCUCAGAGGAGUACAUUCCUAGACAUGAUUCGAUGUUUGCGGUGUUGAAGUGAAAUACCGCUCUCGACUUGCUGUAUCUUUUACUGCUGCUGAAGUAGGAGUGGGGUGGAGGAUCUUUUAAAGUGAUGUGAAAUGCCUGAAUGUUGCACUGUUUCUUAAGAUGGGGAGGGGGCAGAGACAGAUUGAUUGGGUGUAAAUAUUGUUUUUGUUUUUUGUUGUUGGGGGGUUGCUCUGCCCUCUUCUCAAUCUUUCCCAAAUACACUACACAGUGUAACCAGACAGUAGAGGAUGUAACUAAUGCUCUGUUUUAUUUUUAACACAGGAAAAAAAACAACUUUGUACUAAUUUGCAAAUAAAAAGGCUUUCAUACA